AGACAGGGCGCCUCUGCCAUGACUGACGUCGCCGCCAUCGGUCAAAAGCUGCUCCGCGCCUCUGCGCAGAACGACCUCGAGCAGCUCGACAGCGCGCUGCGCGGUGCCUCGCCCGACUAUGCCAACGGCAUCGGCCAGACCGGGCUGCACGUCGCCUCGAUCCACGGACAUGUCGAGGUCGUGAAGCGGCUGCUCAAGGCGGGCGCACUGGUGAGCUCGACCAACCGGUACGGCGUGACGCCGCUGCACUACGCCGCCGACAGCGGCAGAAUCGAGGUUGCGAGGCUGCUGAUUGAGGCGGGCGCCAACAAGCGGACGCGGGCGAGCAACGGCAAGCUCCCGGUCGACAUGAUCAAGGAGGAUGCGGACUGUGCGGAGGAGCUUCAGGCGCUGCUCGGGAGCGGCUCGAACAAGCUGCACCGCGCCAUCAAGGGGCACAACCUCGCGCUGCUCCGCCAGCUCCUCGAGGCGGGGAAGGAGGACCUGUCUGCCGUCGACUCGCGCGGCCGCUCUCCCUUCCACCUCGCCGCCCUCGCCGCGGUGACGUCGACCGAGGACCGCGAGCAGUUCAACAGCAGCAUGGCAGCGCUGCAGGCCCUCGUGCUUGCGGCCAAGGCGCGCGGCGGCGAGGACAAGGUGCGGCGGCUGUGCAGCGAGGACUACCUUGACGACGACGGCUUCAGCCCUCUGCACGUCGUGGUGCACGCCGACUUGGUGGACGGGGCGGCGAUGCUGCUCGAGGCGGGCGCCGACCCGAACGUGCAAACCUACCCGGAGUCGGACUCGGAGUACCGGUCCGGCCAGUGGGGACGGACUCUCGCCGACGGGACCAAGGAGAUCCUGUCUGCGCAGUCCGACUGCUCGUCGCUCCACAUCGCGCUCGGCGAGAUCGGGAUGGACAAUGGCUGCAUCCACGCCGCCGUCAACGCGGGCGAUGUCGAGGCGCUCGCGCUUCUGCUGCGGCACGGCGCGGACCCGUCGGCGGCGGGGAAGGGCGGCUGGACUCCGCUGACGCUGGCGGCGCGCUCGGGCAAGACGUCGGCGCGGGGGGGAGCUGCCCUCGCCGCGCCAGGCGGAGGACGCCCCUUCACUGCGGCGCUGGGAGUAGUAAACAAGCGGGCUGCCAUCCUCCGGCUCUUUGGCGAGGAGGCGUGA